UACUUAGUCCAGUGUUUAAAAGUCAAGUUAGUUUUGCAAUAAAAAAACUGCAGCGAUACUGAUGGACAACAGUGAAAUCUGAUCUUGCAUUUGGAGUAAGUUGCAUCAGUAUUUUUGUGAGAAUUAUUCAGAACAGUGAUGUUGAUUACUGCAAAGCCUCCAGGCUAAAGAAGACAACAACUGUGAGAAUAAAAUAUUAAUUUACCCAGAACAACAAGGUCAUGGAGAUCCGUCCGUCUGCUGUGAUUCUGCUGCUGGUCUUGGCUGCUUCUUUCACUGCUUAUGGUCAACCACCACAUAUACUGCCCCGUUAUAAAAAAUUCCUCACUCAACAUUAUGGUCCUAGUGUGAGUGAAAAAGAUUGUGACAAAGAAAUCAAAAACAGGCAGAUUACUGCCUCUGGAACUGCAAAUGGCUGCAAAGACGUCAACACCUUCGUAAAUGCGAAUAAAAAUCAAAUUAAAGCAGUUUGCAGCGGAGGAGGAACCCCACUGGGCAAUAAUCUGUUUGUGAGCAACCAGCCUUUUCCUGUGGUCACGUGUAAAUUAAAAAGUGGGCAGAGUCACCCAAAAUGUAAACAUGGUAACGGGAAGAAAUCCACACGUCGUAUUGUUUUGGGGUGUGCGGAAGGCUGGCCUGUGCAUUAUGACGAAGGCAUAAUUAUUAUCUCUGUCCAAGAUCUUGUUGAAUUCUUGUUAAAACUUGUCACAAAACUGUUGGGUUAUUGUUUUUGAUUGCUUAUAUUGUCCUCAUUUGUCGCUUUGCAAAGCAUCUGCUAAAUGACUAAAUGUAAAUGUAAUUGUAAAUCAAAGAAUGCAGCGUUUGAAUAUAUCUGCACGUCUUCAUGCAUGUUUCUGUGUGUGAUUAUUCUUAACAUGCAAGAUUCAGCUAUGUAAAUGAAAAUUUUAAGCACGUACAAAUGUACAAAAUAGAUGAGGGAAGAAAGAUGCAAAUGCUUUUUUUUUUGCCUGUGUAAUCUUCAAUGAAACUUAUCUACUACUAUUAAACAAUACAGUUCAUUGUUAAUAACUUUGAAACAUAUCUAUUGUAGCAUAAUUAAAAUAGUGUCAUAUUACACUUACCCAGUAACUACACGUAACAAGAAGGUAAAAGGAUUCACUUUAAGUUACAGCCCGCGGAUGUUACACUUACACAGUAACUACACAUAACAAGAGGGUAACAAGGGUUUUUAAUUUACAAGAAAUUAUCUGAUUUACUUUUCCAAAUAAUAACAGCAGUUACUUUUUCUUUGAUUGACUGGCAGCUCUUGUCACAAAAGCAAAAUGAAUCAAAUUAAAUUCAGGGACAAAAAAUGGAUGAAUCAAACAAUUCUCAAGGACAAAAACAGUAUGAAUUGAAUGAUUCUAAAGAACAGAAACAAAAUGAGUUAAAUUAAUUUCAGGGACAAAAACAUAAUGAAUUAGAAUUAGUCGUUAGAGAAGUUUUUGUUGAGAAUAAUUCUCAGUGUGAUAUUGAAAUGGAAGCCAGUACUAGCACUCAGAAGGAAGUGGAGGAGGUAGGAUGUUCUUUGGAUGAAGAAAGUGAGAUGUUUGUAGAUGACAAAAAAAUAAAGAUGGUUGUCAAUUUUCUGUCAAAAUGAAAAGGUUUCCUCUUCGUGAGUGUUCUCAGAUGCUUGAAUGUGAUGUUGAGGACUCUGAUGAAGUUUCUUUAGCUUCUUCACAGUCUUUGCCCCUUCCAAAAAGUGGCUAUUCUAUGUUGAGCAUUAAACAUGUUCUCAAGAAAACUAAAGGAGCUAGGAAUUUGAAAAUUGAGAAAGUGUUUCCUGAUUUACAACUCUUCAUUGAUUCUGUAAGGAAUUUCCAAAGAUGUUCUGAAAGUUCAGAAGAGAAUGUUUUCACUGAUCAAGAGAUCUAUCGUUUAAAGAAACCUGUUUUGAAAGCUAAAAGACAAUUAGAAGAUGGUGAAUAUGUGUAGUAUUUUUAAUUUGUUUUUCUGUUGUUUUUAUUUUUUUUUAUUUUAUGAGUGAGUUAAAAAUAGGCAAUUUGAAUUUAAAUGGAGCAAGGGAUGAAAGAAAAAGAGCCUCCUUUUUUUCAGACUGUGCUCCCUUAAAAAAUUAAAUAUUGCUUUUUUACAAGAAACCCAUCGUACUGCUGAUAAUGAAAUUGACUGGAAGAGAGAAUGGGGUGGUGAUGUUUUUUUUUUUAAGUCAUAAAACAUGUAAUAGUUUCAGUCCUCAGAUUGUUGAAUGUUUAGAGGUUGUUACAGGUCGAUUGUUAAAAAUUAGAGCAAUAUAUGAAAAUGUACAAUUUGUAUUUAUUACUGUAUAUGCUCCAACUGUUGGUAUAUAGAGACUGACUUUUUUUAACAUUUUAAGUGAUGUUAUUAGAGAUUGUAAAAAUAAAGUUUUUUUUAUUUAUAGGUUUAUUUAUAGAAUUGUACAGAAAAUAGACUUGAUAGAAAUCAUGUGGAGCCUC